AUGUGAGUUUCAACAGUAAAGAACAGGGAAAUGAAGUUGUCAGACGGUCGGACAGGCCAACCCAGCGACUCUCUCUCCACAACUAGGCAGCUAGCAAGUUAGGUGACAGUCGGUCACGAGUAGAGAGAUUUUCAUGAAAUAUCCCAGCUAUGAAGGUCGUCCGUUUGAGCAACUUGUAGCCACAAUUAGCACACGUUAGAUAGCUACAGCUCCAGAUCUCAGAUAACGUUACAGACAUAUCAAAGUAACGUUACAGUGGAAAAAGAAAGUGGGGAUAACUUGCUAGCCUGCUAGCUAACCUUUAGCCACCGAGCCUCCUUCAGCUUCAAAACUAGAGUUCACUCGGAGAUUUGGGCUUGGAUUACCUUUCUUCAGUCAUGCCUUUUCCUUUCGGGAAGUCUCAGAAGAGUCCGGCUGAAAUAGUGAGAAGUUUGAAGGAGAAUGUGGCAUACAUGGAAAAACUGGAUGCUGGAGACAGUAAAAAGUGUGAAAAGGUUGCAGAGGAGGUGUCCAAAAACCUGGCCUCACUGAAGGAGGUACUUUGUGGAACAGGUGACAAGGAGCCUCAAACUGAAGCAGUGGCUCAGCUUGCACAAGAGCUGUACAACACCAACCUCCUCAUUGCACUUAUUGCAAACCUUCAGAGGAUUGAUUUUGAGGGGAAGAAGGAUGUGGUUCAUUUGUUCAGCAAUAUUGUGAGACGUCAGAUUGGCACUCGCACACCCACGGUAGAGUACAUCUCUACACACCCACAGAUUCUCUUCAUGCUUCUGAAAGGAUACGAGAGUGCAGAAGUGGCUCUGAACUGUGGAAUGAUGCUGAGGGAGUGUCUGCGUCACGACCCUUUGGCACGGACGGUGCUCUUCUCUGAAGAGUUCUACUGCUUCUUCCGCUACGUGGAGCUCUCAACCUUUGACAUUGCUUCAGAUGCUUUUGCCUCAUUCAAGGAUCUCCUUACAAGACACAAGAUUAUGUGUGCGGAUUUCCUGGAGAACAAUUAUGACAGAGUGUUCACAGAGUACGAGAAGCUCCUGCAUUCUGACAAUUACGUCACCAAACGACAGUCUUUGAAGCUCCUUGGGGAACUCCUCCUAGAUCGACACAACUUCACUGUCAUGACGAAGUACAUCAGUCGGGCAGAGAACCUGAAGCUGAUGAUGAACUUGCUAAGAGACAACAGCCGAAAUAUCCAGUUUGAAGCAUUCCAUGUCUUCAAGGUAUUUGUUGCAAACCCCAACAAGACUCAGCCCGUGCUGGACAUACUGCUGAAGAACCAGACCAAACUCGUGGACUUCCUGAGCCACUUCCAGACAGACAGAUCUGAGGACGAGCAGUUCUGUGAUGAGAAGAACUAUCUGAUUAAGCAGAUCCGCGACCUGAAGAGGCCCACGGCACCGGAGGAAGCUUAAAAGCCACAGGGAUGAGUGCUCCAUCAGGUGGUAGAGUUUAGAGGUAGUGGCUGGAGCUGCAGAGGGCUACAUGAGAGUCUAAAAGACACGCUUCAUUAAAAUUUAAUAUUAACUACAAAAUAUAGGAAAAAAGUAAAGAUUACUUCCUUCACUUUCUGUUUUUAGUGUGGAUAUGGAGGUGAUUUCCAUCCAGUGGGCCAAGAACUGUUAUUUAAACCAUAGUGUUUCCUCUUUAGUGAUAAUGAAAAACAUUUAGUAUGUUCUUGUAAUGUUGGACCUUAAACUGUUACCUUUCCACUUACAUUGUCGCUGGCAGAACCAGACCUUAGAAUGACAGAAACUUCUCCCCAUUCACAGCCAACAUGAGCUCUGAGGUGGUCUCAAAAGUCUUUUUUUUUUCCUUCAGAAACCUGUCUAUAUUUUAGAGAUUGAAAAGCUGAGAAGUAAAUAUAUUAUUUUUCUAAUGUAUCUUCAUGGUAAACAGUUUCAAAUAUACAGUAACUCUUCUCUCUGAACAUUGCUUAGCCUAACUAAUUGCAUAGGUUUGGAUUAUUGCCUUAUUGUAAGCUGUUGUGUUAUACAGGGACUUAAAUGAUGUUUAGAAAUACGGCUUUGUCAGGGCGACAUGUGGAUCAUACUGGCCAGAUCAGACUCGGCACACAGUCAUUUUUGGGGAUUAUUGUGUAGUUAUUAGGCCUUUGGUCGCAUUGUGUGAUGUUACAGAGGUCUGAAAUGAUCCUGCAGUGCUGAACUUGCUGAUGCAUUAGCUGGCACAGGAAGAGAAAAUCAAAACCAUAGAGGAAUCAAUUUAUUGUGCUGUGAUUUUUAGGCUGAGUUCACUGAGGCUUACAUGACUGAAAUAGAAACACGGCAUCAGAUAAUGCUGCAGGGUAGCAGCCAUCCAUUCACCGCUAACAUGGACAGCUAGGAUAUACAAAUUGAUCUCACUUGGAGCACUCCACUUCAUCCUCACAUGCUGAGCACAGAUAGCAAUAAUUCAUUUGAAACAAUGAUUUAACAAAUAAUUAAUUCAUGUGGUUUUAAAGUACUUGAUAUAUGCCAUCUUAGCCAUUUUUCCAUUACAGUAUAAGCACUGCAUAACACAAGAAAUAAUAUCGCAGUUUACACAGAAGCGUUGCACAAGGAUGCAUCACAAGUAUGUUGCACUGUAAAUCUGUUAUGUUCAAAUCAGAGCAUGGUAUUUAAGAUAAGUUGACACGUCAAAGAGACUUCAUACUAACUUUGGUUGGGAUUGCUUCUUGACUAAUUUUACUGAUUUUCUUUGACAUUUAUUGAGCUACACUGGCCUUGAGAAUUGGGCAGAACGAAGGGAAACUAAAACUAAAACGGAUCUCCUUAAUCUCAUUGCUCCCAUCCAUACAGUCAGUUACUUUAACACCAAAGAGUACAAAAAAGUAAGAGGGUGGCAGAUGCUGAAAUGUACACAGGGUUCUAAAUGUCGUGUAAUUUUCUGAUUUGAUUAUAAUGAAACGUUUUAUUGUAAUACACUGUAACAUAACUGUGAUGCAUCAGAAAGAUGCCAUUGUUAAAAUACCCACAUGCACUGUUAAAACAAGAAUGACUGUGUUUUGGAUGACAAGCACUGAGUUCCUCACAUGCAUCACUGAUUAGUUAUACUUUUUAAAAAGACUUGUGUUGAUAUAAUUGCCUUACUUCUGCCAUUGUCUCUAAAAUGGUAUAUUAGGGAUUUCAAGAUGUGUUGUCUGUGCGCACAGUCUUCUAGUACAUACCUCAUGGGAUUUGAGUUUGCAAAUGCUGCGUUCUCUUUUCUUUCCUUCCUAGACAAGAUAUUUUAUUUGACAUUUUAAAAUACACAACAGUGGUUUGUAUGCAUGCCUCAACUUGAUUUUAUAUAUAUAUAUAUCUAUAUAGAUAUAUAGAUAUAUAUAUGUUCAAACUUGAACAGGGACUGCAACCUGGUUUUCACAAUGGAAAACUAGAUUUUUAAACUUAAAUAUUUCAUUGGGUGGUGCCACACAAACGUUAAUUCAUAAUGAAUUGCAGUGUUGCACCUUGUCAUGAAUGUUGCCUUAUUUAAAGACAUUUUAAUGGAUCAUAAUGAUAAUGUAAAAUUCCAGACCUCUUAAAUUGUUUUUAAACCAAAGUGAAUAUAAAAAAGGUAAAAAUGUACAUUUCAAGUCCCAAAUGCAUUACCAGUUUAUUUCUCACUUCCACAUCUAGUGCAGUGAAGGUUUUUCUUUAACUGUGUCUCACUUCAAAUGUGAUCCUGGGAGUGUAAAUACACUUUUCAUAGACAUCAGUUGGACCACGAUCAGAAACUUUUUUCUGUUGUGGUUAACUGGCUUUUAAAGAAGCGCUAAUCACUAUUUGGUACACUGCACCAGAUAGUCACAAAGUCAAUAUCAGGCCUUUCAAGUUCCAUAAAAUAAUUUGAGAAAUCUGCUGUGAAUGUGGUACCUUAUGCUUAAAUACACAGACUGAAGUCCUGCACACAGUGAAUGGUCAUGUCACCAGUUACUGAAAGAAAGUUUGUAUGAAAGUGUGUUUGAGUAUCUUUAAAUAUCCCGAUGGCGAUCAACUCUGUAACUCCUUGCUGAUAAACUGAAGUUACAAAACAGGCUAACUUCUGCAAUAAUAUGCGAGAUGAUCAGACUUUUGUUUAACAAAAUUAAUGAGGAUUUUCAACAGAAAUACCCCAGAAUGUUUUCAGAUGGUGUUGGUGUGUAGAUCUGCACUCAAACUUGCUUGAGAUUUGGGUUCAAUCAUGACAUGCACUGUGUGAAGGACAUGCUGUACACAGACAUCCCACCAGAGGGAGCCGUUGACAACAAUGGGCACCUUGUAUUAGUGUGUAAACAAAGCAUUUCGUGUUUCUCUAACCCUACCUCGAGUUAUGAAUAUAUAAAUCACUGGCAAUAUUAUGUAGACAUCAACACAAAUCCCUUAAGAUCAAAACUAUAUAUUCCACGAUUUAGAGUUCUCUCUUUUAAAUAUUUGUUGUGCUUUACUUUCUUUUUUUUUUAUUCUAUUGCCUUAUAUUUUUUUCCUGUCUUUUUUUCCACACUCUGGAUAUUCUCUUUAUUUACCAUGGGAGCGAAUUAUGUGUACAUAACUUUAUAAAGGGUAAAAUUGUGAAAAGCAUUCAUGAAAAUAAAACUUUAUGGCAAUUUA